AUGCGGUGUUCCGGGGUUCUGACCUGGUUGACAUUAGCCAGUGUUGGAUUAGCACAUUAUGUGUCGCACUCAACACAAGGCCAUGCGGGCAAGAAGCCAAACGUGAACGCCACAUUGGGCACAUUUUUGCACAACCGCUUAAGCCCCAACUACUCUCAACUGUACCUCGCCGAAGCCGACGGGUCUAAUGCAAAGCUCCUUCUGGGUUCAAACACUGUCUACGAUUUCCGGGCGAGCUGGUCCGUCGAUGGAAAGUAUGUGACUUUCACAUCAGAGCGACGGGGCGAUGGUCAAGCAGACAUCUACCGCGUGGCUAUUAAUGGGUCAACUGGAGUGACGGCGGCUCCAGAGCAACUUGUGUCAUCGGAGGGUGUCGAUGACUCUGCCGUGACUUCCCCUGAUGGCAAACUGCUGGCUUUCACGACUAGUCGAUACAACCAGACUACCCAUAUUAUGUUGAUGGACCUGGCGACCCACCGUCAGAAGAACUUCACCCUAGUCAGUGAUAUCUCGGGUGCUGCCAACCCUACACAGCCCAAUGGGUACUUCAAACCUACCUGGUCCCCCGAUGGAGAGUGGCUUGUCUUCACAUCAGAUCGCAACACACCAUGGCGAGGCCACAGCAAUGGUGCGGGGUGGGAACAUGUGCAGGAGCUGUCUAUCUACGCUGCCCGUCCCGACGGCUCCGACUUCCACCUUGUGUCAUCUCGCUCGAAUUAUACCCAAGGCUCACCUCAAUUUUCCCCUGAUGGGAAGCGCCUGGUUUUCUACGAGAUGAUGACCGAUGAUACGUAUAAGAGUCGCCUGCAACCUGACCUGCUCGCUGGUGACUAUCUUAACACGAGCAUUGUCUCUGUCGAUUUCCCCAGUGGGAAGAAUCGCGUUGUGCACGCCACUGGGGAGGGAACCAGGAUCAGCCCUUCAUACGUUACCAAAGAUGUUAUUGGUUUUGUUGUAAAAGAAUCAGCGAACAACGGUAUUCACUAUGUGUCUUUAUCGGGAAAGAAUUAUACCCAGUACCAAACCAUUCCGAUGCCAAGCAUGACACCUGCACUGCGCUCCCCAGUAUGGUCACCAAACGGAAAAUAUGUCAUCUAUGAGUUGCAGGGCCCUACGGGAGGCAGCACUUCAACUUCCAAGACGCAGUAUUCCGAGCAAUACAGUUUUGACCAACGCUGGGACUACCGUUACACCGAUGUCUUCCCCCAGGCCGCACGCUCUGGCUGCCCUGCGAUGGUAAUGACUCAACAAAUGGAAGGUGUUGCCAAGAACAACCUUGUGCGACUAGGAGCGGACGGUAGCGACCAGGUCACCUUAUACGAGCCAAGCAAGGACACGAUUAACCCUACCCUCGCCGCGUCGUACAACGCGCGUGCCUACCAGGGAAAUUGGGGCCCUGAGGAUGCGAACAUCACUUUCGGCUAUGGCUCAUACUUUGCGGGUCGCGCGAGUAGUCCUGGCUUCAUCUACAGCAUCGGCGCCGAUGGGAAGAACCUGAGGCUUCUUGCGGGUAACAACAUCACCAACUAUGGCUUCCCAUCCUUUAGUAAAGAUGGUUCCAAGGUGGUCUUCCGCACGUGGCCUGGUACUGCCGAAAACGGCACCGUUUUUGGCACGAAGGGACUGGCCAUCGUCGAUGUGGCUACGCUCAAGAUGACACAGCUGACGACUGAAUGGGACAAUCUGCCGGCCUUCUCUCCCGAUGGCAAGAAAAUCCUAUUCAUGCGCCGCACCAACUGGGACAACGUUGGUGACAACUACGACAUCUUCACCAUGAGUUCGGACGGUACCAACCUCAACCAAGUCACAACAUCUGUUGCUAGCGACGCUCACCCAGUUUGGAGCCAUGACGGUCGCAUCAUGUACAACACCGCCAUGUUCGGGUUCCAGCAGGAGGCGUCCCUGUACGAUGACAGCAUGCAGCCAUAUGCCGUUAUCAUGGUCAUGAACGCUGAUGGCAGUGAGAAGACCCCACUGACCAAUAGCUUGUGGGAGGAUGCCAUGCCCUUGUACCUCCCCGCCCAUACAUUGGAGUCGACUUGUUCCAAUUGA